AUGCGUCUCAGUAUAUACUCGUCUAUCCUGCUUCUCCGGGCCAUGUGCCUCGUGCGGCCAACUUUUGGCUUCCCAGCUACGACAUGUCGGUGUAUGCCCGGUGAUAGCUGCUGGCCAUCUUCAACUGACUGGGCACACUUCAAUGCGUCCAUUGGAGGACGACUGAUUGCCACUCAGCCACUGGCCCAGGCCUGUCAUGAUCCAUACUACAAUGAAACCGAGUGUCAGUAUCUCCAGAAGCACUGGACACUGCCAGCGCUACACGAUAUCUCCCCAUCGUCGAUUAUGGCGGCCGCAGUAGCCAAGGACACUUGCGACGCUUUUACGCCCAGAUCAAAACCGUGUGCUCCGGGUGACAUGGUGGUAUAUUCAGUGAACGCAAGUUCCCCGGACGACUUCUCCAGGACAAUCCGGUUCUCCCAGCAAAGGAACAUCCGGCUUGUCAUACGGAAUACGGGCCAUGACUAUCUCGGCAAAUCCACUGGCGCGGGGGCGUUGUCUAUCUGGACACACUACCUCAAGGACAUUGAGUUUGUCAAUUAUACCAGCUCUAGCUACACGGGUCCAGCCUUUACCAUGGCGGCAGGGGUCCAAGGCUCGGACAUCUACAACGUUGCCAAUGGGCGAGGACUCGUCGUUGUCGGCGGGGAAUGUGCCAGCGUCGGCCCAGUUGGCGGCUACACGCAGGGAGGCGGUCAUUCAGCCCUGAGCUCUCGCUUCGGCCUUGCUGCCGACCAGGUUCUAGAGUGGCAGGUUGUAGAUGGCACGGGGAGAUUGCUGACUGCCUCGCCAACGCAGAACCCCGAUCUAUACUGGGCUCUCAGCGGCGGAGGUGGUGGCACGUACGGCGUCGUCUACUCGAUGACUGUCAAAGCGUUCCCUGACUUUCCAGUCACCGGUGUCGUCCUCCAGUUCGAUACGAAGAAUACCUCAUCCAAGGACUUCUUCCAGGCUGUGAGCUACUACCACCGUGAUUUACCUACGUACACCGCGGCAGGGGGGAUGGCAAUCGCUCAGAUCACGCGGUCCUCGUUCUUGCUGACGCCGUUGACGCUCCCGAACAAGACUACAGAGGAAGCCAGAUCCUUGAUUGCCCCGUUCAUCCACGAACUAGAAACGCUGCACAUACCCUACCAAUUGAAUAUCACCCAAUCGGCCACCUACCUCGAGCACUACAAGAAGCUGAUCGAACCAAACCCAACCCAGCUGGUCCAAAACGGCCAAUACGGUGGCCGCCUGUUACCACUCAACGUGAUCGAAAGCAACAACACGCAGCUGACCGAGGCCGUGAAGACAAUCACCCAGGAUGGCGUGGUAUUCGUCGGGAUCGGCCUGAACGUCUCGUCCUCGGUCGUCGGCGAUGUUUGGAACUCGGUCCUCCCCGCGUGGAGAACAGCUGCCCUCAGCGUUUUACUCUCAACUGACUGGCCCGCCGGCGCGAACCGGAGCACGAUGAAGACCCUCGCCGACAGAAUGACGAGCAAAUGGGUUCCAAUACUGACGGCGCUCUCCCCAGACUCGGGUUGUUACAUGAACGAGGCGGAUCCCCAGCAGCCGGACUGGCCGCAAACCUUCUAUGGGAGGAACUACGAGACGCUCUACGCGAUCAAGAAGAGGUAUGACCCGUUCGACACCUUCUAUGCAUCUACUGCGGUUGGUAGUGGCGACUGGCAAGUCAAGACGGAUGGUCGCCUAUGCCGAGUGAAAGGUAAUACUUGA